UUCUCAAGUGUGUCUGUCUGAAGGAGCUCGGCGGCGGUGCUCCUCUAACCCCCUGGGAGUCCGACACCACGCAGCCGCGCUAUAACCGUAGUUGCUGGACAGUUGAGGGUUUGUCGGUCCGGGGGGGUCAGCUCUGUGCGUCGGUACUCAGCGGAGAAGAUGUCUAACGUAAACUGGAAACCUUUUGUUUUCGGCGGGCUGGCCUCUGUGACGGCGGAAUGCGGUACGUUUCCAAUCGACUUAACCAAGACGCGUCUCCAGGUUCAAGGCCAGGUGGGCGACAGAAGGUACCGAGAGAUCCGCUACAGAGGCAUGCUCCAUGCCAUCAUGAGGAUCGGAAAGGAGGAGGGGCCCCGGGCUCUUUAUUCAGGAAUUGCUCCUGCCAUGCUUCGCCAGGCCUCCUAUGGUACCAUCAAAAUCGGCACAUACCAGAGCUUCAAGAGGCUUCUGGUUGACCGGCCGGAGGAUGAGACCCUGCUGACCAACGUGGCGUGUGGCAUUCUCUCCGGAGUCAUCUCCUCCUCCAUCGCCAACCCCACUGAUGUGCUGAAGAUUCGAAUGCAAGCUCAGGGAAAUGUCAUCCAAGGCAGCAUGAUGGGCAACUUCAUCAACAUCUACCAGCAGGAGGGAACCAGAGGCCUUUGGAAAGGCGUUUCUCUGACGGCGCAGAGGGCUGCCAUUGUGGUCGGCGUUGAACUUCCAGUCUAUGACAUCACCAAGAAACACCUGAUCCUUUCGGGCUACAUGGGGGACACUGUGUACACACACUUCUUGUCGAGCUUCGUGUGCGGCCUAGCUGGCGCUUUGGCCUCAAAUCCAGUAGACGUGGUGCGGACGCGCAUGAUGAAUCAGCGAGGAGGAGCCCUCUACCAGGGGACGCUGGACUGCUUGCUGCAGACGUGGCGCUCUGAGGGGUUCAUGGCUCUCUAUAAAGGCUUCUUCCCCAACUGGCUGCGUCUGGGACCGUGGAACAUCAUCUUCUUCCUCACUUACGAGCAGCUGAAGAAGAUCGAUGUGUGAUUAUUUAUUUUCUUUAAAGCGGCACUGCACGGCGAUGAGUGUGAUGCUCUAGGAAGAUCGGAGAGGACCAAAAUCGGGAGCAGCUGGGCAACAGUGGACCCCUGAUGGAAACGGAGUCUGGGUCGGCCUGAUUCCUGUUUUAGGCUGAUUGUGGAGAACGUGGAAGGAACCAUGUCACGGGCUGUCGUCGUUCUAGCUGGGCUUUCUAUAAGCUUCUUUCCUAAGCAUCUGCAUCUCAAUCAUCCACAUGUCAACUUAACUGUGACGGUGGAU